UCCGCGGCGACCCCGCCGGGUGGCGCCGCGACCCCGGCCCUGCGCCCGYGGCCUGGACUGCUGCGCCAUGCGGAGGGCCGAGCGCAGGGGCGCAGGGGGCUCGCGGCCCGGUUCCCCGCUGCCCGACGGCCGCCGUAGCACCGAGUCUGAGGUCUACGACGACGGUACCAACACCUUCUUCUGGCGAGCCCACACCUUAACUGUGCUGUUCAUCCUCACCUGUGCGCUGGGCUACGUGACUCUCCUGGAGGAAACGCCUCAGGACACAGCCUACAACACCAAGAGAGGUAUUGUGGCCAGUAUUUUGGUUUUCUUAUGUUUUGGAGUCACACAAGCCAAAGAUGGGCCAUUUUCCAGACCUCAUCCAGCCUACUGGCGGUUUUGGCUCUGUGUUAGUGUGGUCUACGAGCUGUUUCUCAUCUUCAUCCUCUUCCAGACAGUCCAGGACGGCAGGCAGUUUCUGAAGUAUGUUGACCCCAGGUUGGGAGUCCCGCUGCCAGAGAGGGACUACGGGGGGAACUGCCUCAUCUACGACCCAGACAACAAGACCGACCCCUUCCACAACAUCUGGGACAAGCUGGAUGGCUUCGUUCCUGCCCACUUUAUUGGCUGGUACCUGAAGACUCUCAUGAUCCGCGACUGGUGGAUGUGCAUGAUCAUCAGCGUAAUGUUUGAGUUCCUGGAGUACAGCCUGGAGCACCAGCUGCCCAACUUCAGCGAGUGCUGGUGGGACCACUGGAUCAUGGAUGUGCUUGUCUGUAAUGGGCUGGGCAUCUACUGCGGCAUGAAGACCCUGGAGUGGCUGUCCAUGAAGACCUACAAGUGGCAGGGCCUCUGGAACAUUCCAACCUAUAAGGGCAAGAUGAAGAGGAUUGCCUUCCAGUUCACGCCCUACAGCUGGGUCCGCUUCGAGUGGAAGCCUGCCUCCAGCCUGCGCCGCUGGCUGGCCGUGUGUGGCAUCAUCCUGGUGUUCCUGCUGGCAGAGCUGAACACCUUCUACCUGAAGUUCGUGCUGUGGAUGCCCCCCGAGCACUACCUGGUUCUGCUACGACUGGUCUUCUUCGUGAACGUGGGUGGCGUGGCCAUGCGUGAGAUCUACGAUUUCAUGGAUGACCUGAAGCCCCAUAAGAAGCUGGGCCAGCAGGCUUGGCUGGCGGCAGCCAUCACAGCCACAGAGCUGCUGAUCGUGGUGAAGUACGACCCACACACGCUGACCCUGUCCCUGCCCUUCUACAUCUCCCAGUGCUGGACGCUGGGCUCCGUCCUGGUGCUCACCUGGACCGUCUGGCGCUUCUUCCUACGGGACAUCACCUUAAGGUACAAGGAGACCCGGUGGCAGAAGCAGCAGAGUGACCAGGGCAGGGCUGUUGGCCACGGGGACGGGCACCCAGGGACAGACGAUGACCUGCCUGGAUCAGGAGCUGCCCAGGAAGAGGCCUCUGAGCAGAGGGUUCUAGCUGGGAAGGAGGGGCCCUCCACCACCUCCUGAGUGCCUGCCUGCCCAGGGCCUCGCCCUCCAGGGGAGGAGGACUGAGGGCCAUUCGCUCCACUCUGCACUGGGGUCCUGGGCUCCCCCAGGGCUUGCUCUGGGCAGGGGGUCCCGCCCUUCCCCUGCUGCCUGGUCUUCCAGGGCUCUGGCUUGACACACUUGUGCCUGGCAGCACAGCCCAGCACAGGCCACUUGGGGACCUGUGUCCACUCACUGAGUAUGGGCAGGGCUGCCCAUCCUCCUGGUGACCCAGGGGAGAGAGAGGGGUCCACCAACACAGGAUGACCAAGUCGUGGACAGACAGCAGCAUCGAGUGCUUCCUCUGAGCCUUCGCCCCAUCCCAACUCUCAGCAGGACAUGACAGGGUCAGAGGUCGCGGGACUGGCCCCUCAGGCUUCACCUGCCAGUGGGAGGCUCUGAGGCCCCAGGCACUUUUUUUUGGGGGUGGGGUGUUGUCUCUGCGAGCAAACAGAACAAAUAAAGUGACUGUGGAGGUGGAAGCCCGUGCCUCCUCCCUGCUAACCCAG